AUGUUUAUACUAGUUCUCGCAGCUUGGCUGCUGUGUGCGUCCCAAUCGACUUUCGUGUUUGCGCAAACAAACUUGAGACAAGCCGCAUCCGAGUUGCAACCUCAACUGUCCAAGGGCGCCAUAGUCACAUUCCCAUUUAACUCUCGUUGGGAGGCCUUGCAAGUUCGGGGUGCCUCCCCUCGCGUUUCUCCCGACUACAGUGUCAUUGUCGAAGUUGCUACCGAAGCCGAUGUACAGACAAUAGUGACAUUUGCCAACCGCUUGAAUAUCCCAUUUCUGGCCGUCUCGGGUACUCAUGGGUGGACAAAGACACUAAACAAGAUGCCGUAUGGCAUUCAGAUCAACAUGCGGAAGCUGAAUACUACAAUUCUCAGCCGUGAUGGGAAAACCGCUACUGUUGGGGGCGGUACGCUUCAAUAUGAGAUUACGAGAUCGCUUUUCGCAAAGGGGAGAUAUGCUGUCACCGCGCUUGCGGAAUGUGUAUCGGUUGCGGGGCCACUGCUUGGUGGUGGCCAUAGCCUUCUCCAAGGACAGCAUGGUUAUGUUCUUGACAACCUUGUCUCCGCUCGUGUGGUCCUUGCUAGUGGUAAGUCUGUCGAAGCAUCCAGGACGAAGAACGCAGAUUUGUUCUGGGCGUUACAGGGUGCUGGUCAUAACUUUGGCAUACUUACCAGCUUUGUUGUAAAGACGUACAACAUUCCGUCUGACUGGACGGUGUACUCCCUUGUAUAUACGACUGAUAAACUCGAGGCACUCUUCAGCUUGAUCAACGAAUUUGAAACUUCCUCCAAUCACCGACCAUCGAAACUAGCGCUCACUGGUGUGUUUGUCAGGAUACCAGGCAUCGAUCCAAACAACCCGGUCAUUGCCUAUACAGUCGCAUAUGAGGGUAGUGAAACAGACGCCGAGCCAUAUGCAGCACGUUUCAAAGCCCUAGGACCUGCCUCAGUCUCGGUAUCCACUAGGGUGAACUACGUAGAACUAUACACUGUGACUGGGAACAACCUCGGCAGUCAGGCGUGCAUUCGAAAUAACAACAUCCUCGGUGCGGGGACUUCUCUUCCUGCUUGGGACCUCGAAGGUACCCGCAAAGCCUUUACUGUGUUUGGCAACCUCACCACGGAUUCUCGCUUUUCUACCUCCAUCACACUCCUGGAAAACUAUGGCAUGGAGGGCGUACGGAAGGUCAGUCCUGAAUUAACUGCUCUGGCACCAGAGGAACGCAAUUACCCUGUCCUCGCAAGUCCAAUACUUUGGUGGGAUGGCGACGACGAGCAGACGACGAAGGAUGCAUACGCGUAUGCGAACGCGAUGCGGGAUGCGAUGUACUCGGGUGUUGACAGGAACAAGUACAAGCGACACUGCUAUGUUAAUUACGCAAAUGGCGAGGAGACUAAGCCAGAGAUGUAUGGGUAUGAGUCAUGGAGAAUGCAGAGGCUGGCCAAACUGAAGGCAGAGUGGGAUCCCAUGAACAAAUUCGGGUUCUACAAUCCAAUUGUGUAAUAGAUGAUCAAAAGAAUGUUUGGUCUAAGUUGCGGCAAGAAGAGUAUCAAUAACAGAAAAGUCCGACUAGCCAGUCUCGCCCAAGCAACACCAUUCCCUUGGCGACCAAUCGCCUACUGUCUGUAACAUAUAUGAUGGUGAUAACGUAGACUCCAGCUGGUUGACAAGGCGUGAAUACGAUCGCACCUAGAGAUGUCUCUAGCGACCAACAUUCUGCGAGCAAAUGAUUAGAAGAUGCGCAGACAAUGGAUCAGAUAACAUCCUCCGCAUCAAAGUUGCAUAUGUACGCUCGUAGAUCCGAGCUGACAGGAUGUUACCGAUA